AUUGAUUACAAUGGGAAAGAAAAAGAGAAGUUCCCAACUCAAUAACGCCGACCUCCCCCCUUCUUCGGAAGACAUGCCGUGCUUGUCUGGGACAGUGAUAUUAUCCAAAGAGCAUUCUUCGAAUUUGGAUGCUGGCAUUAAUGUUGGAGAUAGUUCUGUCAAGCUCCUUAAUUCCAACUCUUCUGUUGCUCAUCACCGUUACAAUCUUGGGCGUUCAAUAUUUUUGAAAAGAUCACGCCAUUACUAUGGUCAUCACCACUCGCACCGAAACUCCGGCAGCCUUUCAAAUCCAUCAACUUCUCGUGGCUUGAUUAGUCCUUUACUUGAUGAGAGGUUAUCCUUCAAGUGUGCUCAUUACAAACCGGAUUCAGGACACCAUGCUGGUUAUGGUAGGGAAAAAGCAUUUGGCUUUGGCAGACCAGAAAGAAUUAGGUCUAGUUCAUUGGUGAUGGAUGUCGUAUCAUCGGACAAGGUGAAGGCAGUUUGUGGAAUAUGUCAAAAGCAUUUCAGACGGAAACCUUAUUUUCUCGGGAAUUCUCUGGCUUCUGGUGAAUUUUCUGUUGUGGCAGUUCUAGUUUGUGGCCACGUAUACCAUGCAGGUUGUUUGGAAGAGAGAACAAGCUUGGAGGACAGACACGAUCCGCGGUGUCCGUUAUGUUCGUCUUCACCGUCACUAAUUUGAUACUUAUAG